AUGUUUGUUGGAGCAGCUAGUCACUGGUGGGAAUCUGUCUCACAUACUAGGACGAAAGAGCAGCAACGUAAUUUGACUUGGGAGCGGUUUAAGGAUGAAAUGAUGGCAAAAUAUUUCCCACAGGCUUUGAGAGACUUCAAGGAAUCAGAGUUUCUACAGCUCGGGCAAGGAGACAUGUCGCUUACUUAUUACGAAAGGCAGUUUGAGCAGCUCUCAAGACAUGCUCUGCAUUUAGUGGAUACUGAAGUUAAGAAGAUUAGGAGGUUUGAAAAUGGACUGCACCCAGAGAUCGGCAUGAUCAUUAUGUCCCAUCGUUUUACAUCAUAUUGUGAGAUGUUGGAGAGAGCCCAUGCUAUUUCAUAUCAGAGGACAACAUUUGGACAGUAUGCCCAGCAGAGUAGGGAGUCAUUGGGAAAAAGAAAGUGGAGUGAUCAGAACAAGAACAGACGUAACUUGCAAAAUAAAAGACCAAGCACAGAAGUUCAUAUUGGUGGGACGAGUGGGAGUAUUACACCCUGUCCUAAGUGUAAUAAACUCCACAGGGGUGAAUGUUUACUUGGGAAGAACAUGUGUUUCCGAUGUGAUAAGCCCGGACAUAUUGCUCUCAACUGCACAGAGCCUCCAAAGAAGAAGGAUGAUGAUCAAGACAAGAAUAAGAAAGCAAAGGCUCGAGUUUUUGCACUGAAUCAGCGUGAGGUGGAGCAGGAUUCGAAUGUGAUAGCAGGUAUUAUGUUAUUAUCUGAUGUACCUGCUUACGUACUUUUUGAUUCUGGGGCAACAAAUUCUUUUAUCUCUGCAUCCUUCGUCGCUAGGUCAAACUUUGCAUGUGUGAAAACAAAUUAUGAAUUAGAGGUUCUCAUCCAUUCAGGAAGAACUGUUUGUACAAAUCGAAUUACUAAGGCUACGAAGUUAGAGAUUGAUGGGAAAAUAUUACAAGCAAACUUAUACCUUUUGGAGAUGAAAGACUUCGAUGUUAUUUUGGGCAUGGAUUGGUCGGGACUUAAUCGUGCGAUCAUUCGAUGUCAUGAGAAAGAAGUAGUGUUUCACAGACCGGGAGAGGAAGAAUUUCAUUUCUUUGGAGCAAAGUUCAAGUCCUUGGCUCAUUUUGUAUCAACUAUUCAAGCAAAAAAGAUGUUGAAAAAUGAGUCAUGUCAAGGAUUUCUAGUUAACAUCACCAGUCCCCAACAUACAGGAACGACUGUUAACGAUAUUAACAUUGUGCGAGAUUUUGCAUACGUAUUUCCAGAAGAUUUACCAGGCAUUUCACAAGAUAGACAAGUGGAAUUUACAAUUGAUUUGGUUCCUGGAGAAGCACCAGUAUCCAAGGCCCCAUAUCGGAUGGCACCGAAAGAACUUCAAGAAUUGAAGUUGCAAUUAGAGGAGUUGUUGGAGAAAUGUUUCAUUCGACUAAGUGUGUCUCCUUGGGGAGCUCCUGUACUUUUUAUCAAGAAGAAGGAUGGGAGUAUGAGGAUGUGUAUUAACUACCUGGAAUUGAAUCAUCUGACCAUCAAAAAUAAGUACCCGUUGCCAAGAAUAGAAGAUUUGUUUGACCAGUUAAAGGGUGCUAUACUGUUUUCAAAGAUAGACUUGAGGUCAGGCUAUCAUCAGCUGAAAAUCAGGGCAAGCGAUAUACCAAAAAUUGCUUUCAGGACCCGUUAUGGACACUAUGAAUUCACUGUCAUGCCUUUUAGUUUGACCAAUGCUCCAGCUUAUUUAUUGACGACAUACUCGUGUUUCCUUGGUCAUGUGGUUACCCCUCAAGGAAUUGAAGUAGAUCCUACUAAAGUAGAAGUUGUAACAAAUUGGCCAAGGCCGAGCAGUGUGGGUGAAGUCCGCAAUUUCUUGGGAUUGACUGAUUAUUAUAGGAGAUUCAUUGAAGGAUUUUCAAAAAUAGCAGGGUUGAUGACUCAAUUGAUGAGAAAGGGUGUGAAGUUUCAGUAG